AUGAUCAUCACUCAGAAACCUUUCCAAGCCGCAAGAAUCUCAUUCAACACUUCCCCAAUCAAAUCCCUGUCAGCACACUGUACAAACAAACUAAAUUCGUCCCGAAUCUCAUAUAUCUUCCCGAACCUCACCAGAUACCUCAUGCAUCCAUCCUUGAGCUUCGGCAGCUGGUACAGGCUCGCGUUCUGCAGCCUCUCCAGCACGUUAUUGGUAUCAAUGUCCUCCAGUAAGCUCUCGUGGCACGCGUCCUUCAGGUCCGAAAUGUCGUACUUGUCGGCUGCCCAGAGAAGGGCCAAGCGGUGGGCCGAGAACUCGUCGGGCCCAAUACUGCCGUACAUGGCCCGGCAGGCCUCAAUGGACAUGUCCGGGAGAUCAACAGCCGAAUUUUCCUUCUCCCUGAGAUCGUGGGAGAACAUGCUGCGGAAUACGGGGGAACGGGCCGCGAGGACUGCGCGGUGGGCCCGCACGGACCCGUCUGAGGCGUUGAUCUCGAUGUCGGUGUGGAUGCCCUCUGAGAGCAUGCGGCCGAGGCAUGUUAGGGCUGUUUGGUCUGAUUGGGCCUGUGUGGGGCCCAAGCUCCAGAUCGAGCGCGGUUCUGAGCCCUGUUUGGAUUCGAUGAAGAAUAUGUUGUUCAUCAAAACUCACUUCAUGAACAAGAGAGAGAUGCCUAUUUCAAAUAAGGAACGGAAGAUGGUGAUAAUAACUUACAUCUGGGGAUGCGAUUUUAAGAUCGAGGAACUCGAUGUCGAUGAUGAACUUUCCGUGAAGAUUAAGAUAAAGGUACCUGGAUGUACCAAACACCUCCGAUCGCCCACACCCGACACCAAUUUGAUCACAAAUGAUGCAAUUGGAGGAUAUUCUCUAGUCAGAUUUGAUAUCACCGGGUACAGCUUAAUAAACAAGAUCCGAUUUUUCUCCACCGACAAAUGCCUUCAGUAUCCAAAUGAAAGCAAAAGAAAAGGAGGCGAGGUUGUCGAUCCGCCAUUGGGCGAGGCGCGACGUCGUUUCGACCCUGUACGCGGACUCCGUCAUCCUGCUGAAGGCGAGCGCCGCCGUGAUUUCAUGGAUACAAUCGAGAAUCCCGUCCAGGAAGAACUGAUCGCCGUGCUUUCCCAGUUGGGUUUUUUGGAGUCGAGCAAUGGGUUUCUGAUGAGCGAGGCCCAAUCGGUGAGUAAAGGGGUUGUCUUCAAGUUGAGUGCAGCUGAGGAAAGCAAAUAUGACUUGGUGGGGGCACUAAUUGAAAUCUUAAUAACAAUAGGGAAAUCUUAA